GGGGUUGCCUCGCGAAGUUUCUCGUCCCGACUUGCGCCGUCUUUGCUUGGCAAGGGUGCGACGAAGGUGGCCCGGUCUGCAUGGCUAUUCUUUGUGGUUGCUUCUACACCCUGCUCUGCUGGAAGCCUGCGCCGGAGCAAAAAAUUUGGGAGGCCGACGCUACCAAGGCGAAAAAAGUCUUGUUAUCCAUAGAGUGAAAUAAAACGUGUCGCCCGUCACGUCGACCCCAGAGUCAGUUCUUGUCACGCACAUCUGCAUUUUUAUACUUAACCUAUUGGCCCGUGGUGUUGGGGUGAUGGUCCUGGUCGUGUCCAACACACACGAUAAUGCUGUUGAUGCGGAGCCCUCUGGGAAGAGUUAUUGUCUAUUGCUGAUGUUUUUGGAAUUUCAAUUUGCGAUGCUCGAAUCAGCAUGAGAUGCCAGAUCUGUGAUGCGGAUUCUUCGCUAGCUAUUAAGUACUUAAGAAGCACGAUUUCUGUGGAGCUGCGAGCUCAAAGAAUGAACUUGCCGUGCGCGGCGGUAACUACAGCUAAUAUGCUUGUUCAUUUCUUUGAUGUCUCGUCCUCGUGCCAGAUCAACAUGUUGACAACAACAACUCUGGGACCCCCGCGGCGUGGGCUUUGUUUUAUUUGGCCUCAGGAUAUUGGUGCUGCGGAUGCCACCCGCUGGAUAAGUGCUGCAGGUUCUGGUUUCCGUUCACGGCUAUCGCCUCCUGGCAAGGGUGUGACGUAAUUCUCGACUUCAUUCUCGCAUUCGUCGUACCGUGCUACGCAUGCUGCUGCUGGCAGCCGCGCCCCACGCAGAAGAUUUGGGGGGCGGGGGCUGGAGCCCCGGUCGUCGGACAACCGCAGGUAUACAUAUUUAAAACGUACGCACGCAAGUGUAAUGCCAGUAAUAAGCUUUUGCUUUACAAGAACUUGUACUUGAACUACACAAAGUCAAAGCAAGUGUCUACUUGCUCGCGUCGUCGACGUCGUGAAGAAUGAAGUAAGAAGAAGAACGUACGAAAGAUGAAGAAUGAGUUCCGAUUUGGCUAUAGAAAAAAAUUAAAAUGCACAUAAUCUUGUUGUUGAUGUUGUUUCAGGCGGCCGAAACUACUCCGCUGACUGCCGACCCGGAGUAA